AUGCCCGCCAUUUACAUCGCCAAUGUCUCCAAUGCUGGCGAGGACGAUGGGUAUAACCUCAGUUGGCCGGUGCUCACAGCCAUCAUAGUGUGCACUAUCCUCUUCAUUCUAUUGCUUCUAGGGUUCACCCUAGUGUGGCGCUACCGUCGGACCUUCCAACGCCGUCCUCCUCCCAACCCUUACACAACUACCGAGCUCGCACGCUCGCCUAUCCAACCUCCAGAACGCGCCUACGCUCCUAAGCGGACGUUUUCUCAGUGGGAACGCUCUCAUGGAUAG